CCCAACUAAUUUGAAAAAGACUUGACCACGAUGGCAAACUAUACAAACUUUUCCCUUGUAUUUCGAUUAAACAUUGACCCCGGAUAAAAUCAGUGCGGUUUGGAAAGAACGCAGAGGAAGGAAAACUCUCCCUAAAUAAAUUGCUUCAUUUCUAAGCAGACUAAUUUGUCGAUACUAGUUGUAAAAUUCAGAGAGACAAAGAGAAAUAGAAGAAAGGAGAGGAGCGAGGAGAAAAAAUGGCGACGGGGGGAUGGGACACGACCACGAAGUCGACCCUAAGUCAAAUCCCUCUGCUGAAAACGAGGGCGGGUCCAAGGGAUGGAGAGGCCUGGACUCAGAGGCUCAAAGAGGAGUAUGCAGCUCUCAUUAAAUACAUGACGAUGAACAAAUCCAAUGACAACGACUGGUUUCGGAUCAGUGGCAGCGCUGAUGGAACCAGGUGGACGGGCAAGUGCUGGUACAUCCACAACCUCCUCAGAUAUGAAUUCGACCUCCAAUUCGAUAUUCCCGUUACCUAUCCGGCCACUGCACCCGAAAUUGAGCUCCCGCAACUUGAUGGAAAGACACCCAAGAUGUAUAGAGGAGGGAAGAUCUGCCUUACCGUGCAUUUCAAACCCCUGUGGGCUAAAAACUGUCCGAGGUUUGGCAUUGCACAUGCCCUUUGCUUGGGUCUUGCUCCUUGGCUUGCUGCCGAGGUGCCUCUCCUCGUAGAUUCUGGAAUUAUUAAGCACAAGGAUGAUACCCCCUCUUCUGUUGUUUCAUAAUGAAUCUCAUGCAACUAAUUAGAGCUUUUACUUUCCUGUGGCUAUGCUAGAUUGCAAUAAUGGUGAAUCAUAAAAUCAUCCAAAGCAUUUCUUCAAGGUCAAAAAUUUUCAUUGUGACUCAAGCUUGUAUACCUUGGCCUUCUAUUCUUCUUCACUGGGGCUUGUUCUUGUACAAGUUGUUCUGGUAUAAGUGGUAGUCUAUAAGAGAUCUCCCUCUGCAAAUUUGUGCAGUCGGUUGUUAUAUCGGCUUCAACAUUGCUAUGAUUUAACAAACCAUCCUUUGCUGGACCAUGAAGAAGAAAUGGCAUUUCCAUGUAAAA